UCUUUUCCUUCGCUGUUCUCGCGCUGCCUCUCGGUUCCCGUCGCAACGAGAUCUUUCGAGAUCUUCUCCGCCCCCGCUCCCGGUGCCCCUUCUGCGGCCGCUGAGCCGGAGCCGGCCCGAGCAGCGCCCUUGGCUGCGGUGCCUUGUGCAAGGACCAAGGGGGCUCGCGUGGACAGCCGCGCGUGCCUCCAGCGCUCGCCGGCGCCGCCCAGCACCUUCCGUCCUCUAGCCCACGCGGCCAGCUCUCCGCGCGCCAGCCCCGCCGGGGUCCGUGUGCUGUCUCGGCGGCCGGCCCCGGGCCCGAGUCCGAGGAGUUAGCCGUCGCCAUGUCUGUGGUGGGCAUCGACCUGGGCUUCCAGAGCUGCUACGUCGCUGUGGCUCGCGCCGGCGGCAUCGAGACGAUAGCGAACGAGUACAGCGACCGCUGCACGCCGGCUUGCAUUUCCUUUGGUCCUAAGAAUCGCUCAAUUGGAGCAGCAGCUAAAAGCCAGGUAAUCUCCAAUGCAAAAAACACAGUCCAAGGAUUUAAAAGAUUCCAUGGCCGAGCGUUCUCUGAUCCCUUUGUGGAGGCAGAAAAAUCGAACCUUGCGUAUGACAUCGUGCAGUUGCCCACUGGAUUAACAGGUAUAAAGGUGACAUAUAUGGAAGAAGAACGACAUUUUACCACUGAGCAAGUGACAGCUAUGCUUUUGUCCAAAUUGAAGGAGACAGCAGAAAGCAUUCUUAAGAAGCCUGUUGUUGACUGUGUUGUUUCGGUUCCUUGUUUCUACACUGAUGCAGAGCGUCGGUCAGUGAUGGAUGCCACACAGAUUGCUGGUCUGAACUGUUUGCGAUUGAUGAACGAGACUACUGCAGUUGCUCUUGCAUAUGGAAUCUAUAAGCAAGACCUUCCUGCCUUAGAAGAGAAACCAAGAAAUGUAGUGUUUGUAGAUAUGGGGCAUUCUGCUUAUCAAGUUUCUAUUUGUGCCUUUAAUAAAGGAAAACUGAAAGUCCUGGCCACAGCAUUUGACUCAACCCUUGGAGGCAGAAAAUUUGAUGAGGUAUUAGUAAAUCACUUCUGUGAAGAAUUUGGGAAGAAAUACAAGCUAGACAUAAAGUCCAAAAUCCGAGCAUUGUUACGACUCUCCCAAGAGUGUGAGAAGCUCAAGAAGCUGAUGAGUGCAAACGCUUCAGACCUCCCCCUGAACAUUGAGUGUUUUAUGAACGAUGUCGAUGUAUCUGGAAUGAUGAAUAGAAGCAAAUUCCUGGAGAUGUGUGAUGAUCUUCUCGCUAGAGUGGAGCCACCGCUUCGUAGUGUUUUGGAUCAAGCUAAGUUAAAGAAAGAAGAUAUUUAUGCAGUGGAGAUAGUUGGCGGUGCUACACGAAUCCCCGCAGUAAAGGAAAAGAUCAGUAAGUUUUUUGGUAAAGAGCUUAGUACUACACUCAAUGCCGACGAAGCCGUCACCCGAGGAUGUGCUUUGCAGUGUGCAAUCUUAUCGCCUGCUUUCAAAGUCAGAGAGUUCUCUAUCACCGAUGUGGUACCAUUCCCCAUAUCCCUGAGGUGGAAUUCUCCAGCAGAGGAAGGGUCAAGUGAUUGUGAGGUUUUUGCAAAAAAUCAUGCUGCUCCUUUCUCGAAAGUGCUCACUUUUUAUAGAAAGGAACCUUUCACUCUGGAGGCCUAUUACAGCUCCCCUCAGGAUCUGCCCUACCCAGACCCUGCUAUAGCUCAGUUUUCAGUUCAGAAAGUCACUCCUCAGUCUGAUGGCUCCAGUUCCAAAGUGAAAGUAAAAGUUCGAGUCAAUGUGCAUGGCAUCUUCAGUGUGUCUAGUGCAUCCCUAGUGGAAGUUCAUAAAUCUGAGGAAAAUGAAGAGCCAAUGGAAACAGAUCAGAAUGCAAAGGAGGAAGAGAAGAUGCAAGUGGACCAGGAGGAGCCGCCUGUGGAAGAGCAGCAGCAGCAGCAGACCCCAGCAGAAAGUAAGACAGAAUCUGAAGAAAUGGAGACCUCUCAGGCUGGAUCUAAAGACAAAAAGAUGGACCAACCGCCUCAGGCCAAGAAAGCGAAAGUGAAGACCAGCACUGUGGACCUGCCCAUUGAGAAUCAGCUAUUGUGGCAUAUAGACAGGGAGAUGCUCAAUUUGUACAUCGAAAAUGAGGGUAUCAUGAUCAUGCAGGACAAACUGGAGAAGGAGCGCAAUGAUGCCAAGAACGCAGUGGAAGAAUACGUCUAUGAAAUGAGAGACAAACUUAGUGGUGAUUAUGAGAAGUUUGUGAGUGAGGAUGAUCGAAACAGUUUUACUUUGAAACUAGAAGAUACUGAAAAUUGGCUCUAUGAGGAUGGUGAAGACCAGCCAAAGCAAGUCUAUGUUGACAAGUUGGCUGAAUUAAAGAAUCUAGGUCAACCUAUUAAGAUACGGUUCCAGGAAUCUGAAGAAAGACCAAAAUUAUUUGAAGAACUAGGGAAACAAAUCCAACAAUAUAUGAAAGUAAUCAGUUCUUUCAAAAACAAGGAGGACCAGUAUGAGCAUUUGGAUGCUGCGGACAUGGCCAAGGUGGAGAAGAGCACAAACGAGGCCAUGGAAUGGAUGAACAACAAGCUGAAUCUGCAGAACAAGCAGAGCCUGACCAUGGACCCCGUGGUCAAGACAAAAGAGAUUGAAGCUAAAAUUAAGGAGCUGACGAGCUUCUGUAACCCUAUAAUUUCCAAGCCUAAACCCAAAGUGGAACCUCCAAAAGAGGAGCAGAAAAAUGCAGAGCAGAAUGGACCAGUGGACGGACAAGGUGACAACCCUGGCCCUCAGGCCGCCGAGCAGGGUGCAGACGGAGCUGUGCCUUCCGAUGCAGACAAGAAGCUUCCUGAGAUGGACAUUGAUUGAUUGCAACACUUGUUUAUAUUAAAACAGACUAUUAUAAAGCU